UUCAAUUUUAGCAACAAAUCUCUUUGAUAUAAAUGUACACACAUAGAUGAUGAAUCUAUAUAUAGAGAGAGGUGUGCGAGUGCAAAGUGCAAGAACACAAAAAACACUCUCAUCAUCUCUCCUAGAGGAUUAGAGUGGGUAUUAGGGCGCUUAAUCGCGUCGGUAAUGGCGGCGAUUUACCUGUUAAUCGCGGCGCUAAUCGCCUCCUCCACCACCCAUGCACACCGCGCUGAUCCAUUGGCCGCCGCCCCCGGCCUCGCGGUGUCCGGCAAGCUCCGGACCGAUCCCAACGCCACCUUGCCGGCGUCGACGGACUUCGGCAACAUCACGUCCGCGCUGCCGGCGGCCGUGCUCUUCCCGGAGUCGCCGGCCGACGUGGCGGAGCUCCUGCGCGCCGCCUACUCCGCGGCCGCGGGGCGGCGCCGGCCGUCGCCGUUGAUCACCGUGUCGCUCCGCGGCCGCGGCCACUCCACCAUGGGCCAGGCCCUCGCCCCCGGCGGCGUGGUCGUCAACAUGCAGUCCAUGGGCGCCGGGCCGCGGAUCAACGUGUCGGCCGACGGCACCUACGUGGACGCCGGCGGCGAGCAGCUGUGGAUCGACGUGCUCCGCGCCUCGCUGCAGCGCGGCGUGGCGCCGCGGUCGUGGACCGACUACAUCCACCUCACCGUCGGCGGCACCCUCUCCAACGCCGGCGUCAGCGGCCAGACGCACCGCCACGGCCCCCAGAUCUCCAACGUCUUCGAGCUCGACGUCAUCACCGGGCAAGGGGAGAUGGUGACGUGCUCCAAGGCGGUCAACUCGGACCUGUUCGACGCUGUCCUGGGCGGCCUCGGGCAGUUUGGCGUGAUCACGCGCGCGCGCAUCGCGGUCGAGCCGGCGCCGGCGAGGGCGCGGUGGGUGCGCCUCGUGUACACCGACUUCGCAGUCUUCUCUGCCGACCAGGAGCGCCUCGUGGCGGCGCGGCCGGACGGGACGCACGGGCCGUGGAGCUACGUGGAGGGGACGGCGUACGUGAACCGCGGCCUCGCCGGGGCGCUCAGGGGCGCCGGGUUCUUCUCCGACGCCGACGUCGCCCGCAUCGUCGCGCUCGCCGCGGCGAGGAACGCCACGGCGGUCUACAGCAUCGAGGCGACGCUCAACUACGGCGGCAACGCCACGGAGACGGCGUCGUCCGCCACCGCCGCCGCCGCGGCGUCGCUCGCCGGGCUCCGCUUCGAGCCGGGCUUCUCCUUCUCCCGCGACGUCUCCUACGUGGAGUUCCUCGACCGCGUGUACGGCGAGGAGGUGACCCUCGACAAGGCCGGCCUGUGGCGCGUCCCGCACCCGUGGCUCAACCUCUUCGUCCCGUCCUCCCGCAUCGCCGACUUCGACCGCGGCGUCUUCAAGGGCAUCCUCCAGACCGCCGACAUCGCCGGACCUCUCAUCAUCUACCCCGUCAACAAAUCCAAGUGGGACGGGGAGAUGUCGGCGGUGACGCCGGAGGGGGAGGAGGAGGUGUUCUACAUGGUGGCGCUGCUGUUCUCGUCGGUGGCGAACGACCUGGCGCUGCUGGAGGCGCAGAACAGGAGGAUCCUGAGGUUCUGCGACCUCGCCGGAAUCGGGUACAAGGAGUACCUGCCGCACUACAGCGUCCGCGGCGACUGGGUGAGGCACUUCGCCGGCGGCUGGGACCGGUUCGUGCGGCGGAAGGACAAGUACGACCCCAAGAAGCUGCUCUCCCCCGGCCAGGGCAUCUUCACCUCAUAAUCAUCUCCACUGGAGUGCUAAUUAAUUAGCUGCCAAUUUAUGGUUAAUUAAUGAUUAAUUAGCAGUUAACUUUUAGCUGGUUAAUUAAUUGAUUAAUUAACUAACCUUGUGGAGAGUUUAAUUACUGUUGAUUAGUGACAGUCACAUAUGCAUGUUCAUGUUGAAAAUAAUAACAAAAAAAAAAGUGGUGUAGCUCCUUCAUCUUGUAUAAUGGGAGGACCGGAGGAUGAGAUUGAGAUGGAGCAGCAAGCAGCAAUAGAAAAGAAUAAACCACACAACUUAAUUGACUCAUGUACGUUCCUCUGUUUGUAAAGAUAUACCGCCAAUUACGACA